AUGGAUUUCAAACUAAAGUUAAUUUUCCAACUGGUGAUAUAUCUAUCAUGGCACCAAUUGCCUUGCACAGGUAUUGGCGAGAGAAUUGUGGGUGGCACCUCGGUCACAGAGAAGAAAUACACCUAUUUUGUGCGUUUGUAUUACCAAGAUGUAUUCUUGUGUGGUGGAUCGUUGGUGCGGAAUAAUGCGGUGGUCACAGCAGCUCACUGUGUCAGCGACGCUAACGUUAACGAAUUGCGAGUACACGCGGACACCAUUAGUUUAAGGGAUGAAGGAAUUGUGAGAAAAGUUAAACAUGUGGUGAUCUCGAAUUUAUACAAUGAACGCACCUCGAACUACGAUGUUGCAGUGUUAAUACUCGUCUCUGCCGUACCAAAUACUAGUUUCACAGCAAUUCAAUUGCAAAAGACUGCAGUGACUGCUGGUACGAAAUGUGUGGUUAUUGGUCAUGGGAGCACAAAGGAAAGUGAAUAUAAUCCGGUACAACUACAAGAAGUUCGGAUACCGGUGUUGAGUCGUACCGCUUGCCAACGUAGAUACGCAGGUGUUGCACGCAUUACGCGGUAUAUGCUGUGUGCAUGGGAGUUGGGAAAAGAUUCAUGUGCAGGUGAUUCCGGUGGACCAAUGGUGUGUAAGGGACAGCUAGCUGGUAUUGUAUCCUGGGGUUUUGAAUGUGCAGAUUCCAGAUUUCCAGGCGUUUAUACCGAUAUCAGCAGGGUUUAUACUUUUAUUGAAAGAACGCUUGAGCGGUUUAAGUGAAUUUUAGUAGUUUUUUAAGUAUCGAAUUAUCGAGUAUUUGAAGUGAAUCACCAAUAACGAUGAAGUAAAUCUAUGAAAAAUGCACACAUCAUAACACAAAUGUAAAAUAAAAGA